GCUCGUGGCGCCGCUCUUCGCUGUGCCACGGCGGAGGCAAGGGUGGCAGGCGAGCCCUGAUACCAGGCCUCGGUUAGUCGUGCGAGGGUCGCGCAAGCUCGUAAAACUCCCUCGGCGCCGCGGUGCUCGCGAUCCCGACUGACCGAUCCGAGCCACGGAGGACGGCCGCUUCGUCUUCCGCAGCAUCUGAUCCGACGACGACUACGACGACAACACGAAGACACAUCGGUGUUUGCACGUUCAUCCGACCGGACGGCCGAGUCGCGAGAGGAGAAGGACGAGAAGGAGGAGGAGGAGGAGGAGAGAUACAGAGAGAGGAGAGAGGAGAGAGAGAGAGAGAGAGAGAGAGAGAACUCCAGGGAGAGAGAACGAGAGGCGGCGGGAGAUGACGAUGCCGGUGGACGAAGACGCGCGGUCGAAUUCUCGGUAUGCGAGAUAGUGGAGGACAACCGAUGGGUAGUGGCGAUAGUGGCCAGUGAUUGCGGCGUGAUUAGCAGCUUAAUUGAUCAGGCUCCGCCGUCUCAUAGAAUUUGUCGGAUUCAGCACCCGGAAGAAUGGGUUGGAUUCUGCCCGGACUUGGAGUGGCUUUGGUCAUCGUCAUCGCCGCCGGCGCCACUCUCGCCAUUUGCAAAAGAUAUUGCAUCGGAUGGCAGUUCGGCACCAGGAAUGUCUGGAGUGUCUGCGAGGAGUGGAGGCAGAGGCUUUCCUGGCUUUGGGCACCGCGGGAAGAAAAGGUGGGAUUAGUAAAGGCUCAGCACCCAACCGCCCAGACAAUACCAGGCCUAUAUCGCCAGGCUGGGAAUACCUCUCAACAUCUCUUGCAUAGCGACAGCGACCUCCGGCUAGACGCGCAAGGCGCUUUCACCAGAUUCGAGGCUGUCGACAGGGACCUGCACCCUCCCCUCGGCGGCAGCACGAUACCACCUCAACCGCUACGACCCGCUCCUCAACCACGGCCGACUGCGCGUCCGCGACCGUCUCCUCUGCACACACCGAGCACCGCGGACUAUCUUAGGAUGCAAGCGGGCCCAGGCCCGCUGACACCACCACCGUCGUUGCAGAGAGGACCGAUGCGGCCGAGACUCUCCGGUCCGUCCGUGUUUCUCUUCCAAAGCGAGCCGCCGAAGAAUCACGGCCCAUUCCAAUCAUCGAUCGAGCAUUCCGCCUUCAUGUUCGACGAUGACACCGCGAAGACGAUAGCGGAGAGUAUCCAGAUGACGCCUUAUGCCACUCAGAAUCACAUAGAUCCCAGACUCGUCAGACAAUUCGAGCCCCCGAAAGACCCGGCGCGGUUUAGGUAUGGCAUGAACCCUCCCAUAGACAAUCAUCACGAUAACUUGGACAGCGAGAGUAUCGAUAGAAGUUACAGUAGCUACGACAUCGUCCAGAGGAAUCAUAUCGCACGGCCAUACGCGAGGAACGAGCCCAUAGGAUUACCACCGAGCAUCGGUUUCAACGUCGCUAAUUCACCGAGCACAACGAGCCAGGUCAUCAUGGAGUCGAUAUACGGGCCUCAGACUGUCUCGCAGAUGCUACAGAACAGCGAGGAGCUGAACGGCGACUUGAACCGCAAGAACAGCGAGAUGCAAAAUAUCGAGAUGACUCCGUUCAAGAGCAGCGUCCAUCAGGAGAACAUCGAUCCCUACAUGUUCCAUGGCGGCGUUUCGAAGUCGCAAGAUCUCGAAAGAGUCUCGCAGUAUAUACAGAGUCUGCCCGACCUUCUCGUCUAUGAGUCCGUGAACGAGCUCGAGGCGCAUCAGAAUCGAGACCCAAUAUUGUUCACGAACGCCAUUCAAGAAUCGAUCGGCCAUACAAAAGUCGCGAGCGAGUCGGCCUCGAGUCCAGUACCGCCGCCGCCUGCACCGCCGGAUCCGCAGAAGAUCGCGAAGAAGAGUAGCCCUACCACCGGCGAGAGGAUCUUCAGUGCUUUGAGAUCGGUCACGUCGCAGAGCUAUAUAGAUGCCUCGGAGUUUUAUAAUUCGGUGCUCUCCUCGGCGCAGCAAGUGCAACGGUUUACGUUCCCGUCGACGUCACCGUCGUUUGUGAACGACACUGCUGGAAAUCACUUGCAAGAUGCCGAAUAUCUGCAAGAUAUGCGAGACAUUUACGCGGAGGCUGACACAGAUACUGUUGGUCUAGACGUCUCGAGGCGAAGCUCCGAUCUUUAUAGUCCUGAACUAAAUCUGGAAGCUCACAGGACAGCGCAAGAAGUAUACAAUAGUCUGCAAGAUCCGCCGUCGUCUCCUUUGUUAGUGAAAGAGAACAAUCACGAGUCUUACACUUACUUAUCGGACCCGAGUUUUACUCGCACGUCAGAGGAUAUUUUCAACAGUCUUGAGCAAAGGCGUAAAAGUAUAGAAAGACUGAACGGUAUUCAGGAAUACGUAGAACUUGACGCUGCCGAUCCAUCGAGAAGACGAAACAGCCAGGAACUCUACGCCGCCCUGGAGGAAGUGCAGCUGAAGAGACGGCUUUCACAGGGUGUGGAGGAAUCGUAUCUGGGUUACGUAUUAAACGAUCACAAUAGAUCAGGGAAUCGUCGAGGCUCGCUGGUCCCUGAACCGGAGCCACCGCCUGACGAGUCCACAUUGAAGAGAGCAAUCAGUUGCGAAAGCGUGUGCUCCGACACCAGCGUCAAUCUGAACGAUCUGGAGGAGGCACCCAUCGUCGGACACAUCUGCGUCGGGCUUGAACAUGAGAGAUGGUGUGGUCGUGGAAGUGACAGCGAAGCCGACAUGGCCGUGAGUGUUUUGGAAGCCAGGGAUCUCAUUGCUGCCGAUGGUUCUCCUGCGCAGGACACUUUCGUUAGGGUGUGUUUGUUACCCGACAGACAGACACACGUGCAAACGAGAAUUUACAGAGGAUGUCCGUCGCCGAGCUACCAGGAGAAAUUCCUGUUUCCCCUCGACGGUGACCCAACAGGCAGAACACUCUUCGUCGAGGUAUUCUCCGACGAGUCCAACAUCGGCGGCGGUGCGUCCUUAAUCGGCGAGGCCAGUUUGAAGCUCGAGUCUGCAGCGAGACCGCCAGCUACAACUUGGCUGGCGCUCAGUGGACCUGCCUCACCCACUCCGCAUCUAGGAGAGCUCAUGUUCUCUCUCAGUUAUUUGCCAACAGCGGAGAGACUCACUCUCGUGGUAGUCAAAGCCCGUAACUUGCGCGGCGCGAAUUCUAAUCCGGGUGAUUUCUUCGUUAAGGUGUACCUACUUCAACACGGAAAGAAGAUGCACAAAAAGAAGACUUCUGUGAAGAAAGGCGAGAAAAGUCCGAUCUUCAACGAGGCGAUAAUAUUCAGCGUACCGGCGCACGCUUUACAGACUAUACAACUGAGAUUGACGGUGGCGGAAUUGAACGGCGACCAAGGAGGUGCGAACGUGAAGGCGUACUCUGUCGGACACAUCAUCGUAGGAUCUACCUCGACGGGAAGAGCCUUAGCUCACUGGAGACAAAUGUUAGCGGCCUUGCGGCGUCCGGUUGCCAUGUGGCAUCCUCUCAGGAAGUAGAAGCAGAACCGUCCUCCGGCGCGAUCCGGAGGAAAACGACCAGCCGAGCGAUUCGCUCGAACGGUUCGACUGCGUAUUCGAGAGCGAUCUCGAAGUACCACUUUUCAGUCGAUCGUAUAGCAUUGUGUGUCAUGGGCGUAUUCUUCGGUGUAUUUAUCGUCGAAAAGGGUACGCAUAUGUUGUAUAAUCUUCACGUAAAAAUAAGAAUACAGUCUCUCGCGGAGAUACGCGUCUCAUAAGCGUUUAUCUAUUAUCAAUCUAAUAUUAACGAUCAUUCGGACCAUCGUGCGGCGAUAUGCGCUGUUCGUUGACAGAGGCAUCAGGCCCGAAACGCACUGACUGAUGGUGAGCCUUUAGCCUUUAGGAGUUGUAAAGUAAAUUCUGACGAAAGGCGUCCCCCGCACUUCCAUGUUUCGAGCAUUAUUACGACCUCUCGCAGCGCAGGAGACUCCUCUCGCCGAAAAUUACGUUAAAAUUGUUGGACUUGAAGUGAGAGACUAAAAGCCUUACCACAGCCAUUUCCGUUUCCGGCGACUUACGCUAGCGACUUAAGAUCAUACCGCGUAUCGCACAGUUAAAUCGCACAGUAUCGAAUAUUAAUAAUUCCAAUCAUUUGAUUCGUCGAUGCCAUCGUCGAUCAUCAUCGUUCACGUACAUGAAUAGGCUCUAAAAAGUGUUACCCGCGCCGUCGUUCACGGUAAUCGCGAGUUUGGCGGAAAAGGAAGACCCGGGCGAAUUUUGCGUCCGGGUCGUCACUUCGGACUCUAUGAAUUCGCACCAUUGUCUCGCGACAAUGAGAUCUUCCUCGUAAACGGACAGUUUACGUGGAUCUCUACCUAUUUGGAAAUAUUUAACGCGGCCGAUUGAAACGUUCGACGCGAAACUUUACAGCGAUGUGUUCCGUACAAUGUUACAUAUCUCUCCCUGAGCAAUUAAGUAUUUCAAGCAAUUCAUUCGUCUUGGGUCUUUUCUUAGGGAUGCUUGGUUCAACUGUAACUUUCUUCCCUAGAGGUCGGGUGUGCUCUCUCCCAUCUUUGAUUGUUGCACUUCAUCGUCACUUUGAGUAAGCAAAGAUGUUAUGCAGAAGCUUUGCGCGCGUUUAUCAGGCCCAAGACAAUGCGAAAGGGAGGGGAAGGGAGGAAAAGGAAUAACGAAAGCGACAGUGGUAGCGGUGAAGUAAGAGCGAACACGAGAGAAUACGAGACGGUGUUUGUAAAGUUUCCGCGAAAGUUCGUGAUUCGUCAUAUAAGUGUUAAAGAUUAAUGCAUCUUCCAUCUGGACAUCAUCACGAUCCCAUCGCGCUCACCACCACGUCGUGUCAUCGUUCGUUGGUAAUUAAUUAUUGAUGUAGCGAAGUUUCAGCAAGUAAAAAGCAGUUCGACGCGAAAACUUCGGGGAGGGGGGAACUUCGAAUUGCUGCGUAUUAUUUCGAACUCUUUAUAUCGAAGUUCCCCGAAAUGUGUAACGUUGUUGUAUGUGCUGUGGACAUGUUAACGCUUAUACAGAGUUUAUCACUGACGUUAUCGCACGACAUGCCGACCAGUUUUCCCAUUUGCGGCAAUGAUCGCGUUCAAGUCUCUCAAGCUGAUUGCUGAAGUAUUCUUUCAAACCGACGUCGUAUGACUUUACGAUGUACAUACAUAAUUAUCAGUAAAAAAAAAAUUCACACUUUUCGUUCUCGUAAUUGCUCAAUUAUUCGAUAUUGUUUAUCAGCACAAAAUUCUUCGUCGCAAACGCCUGGAAAUGUUCGACUGAUGUCACAAACACACGACUCGAAAAUUUUGUCGCCAUGUACGAAACAAGGGGAAUUUAUUUUUUCACGGACCGGCCACUGAUUGUAAUCAACCGAUCUCUUACAAUCACCAUUUUACGUUUGACGGUAAAGUAAUAACACGCGACGAAGAAGUCGGUUUUGAGCCGGUCUUAGCACUCGAUGGAAUAUUGGAACUAUUUUGAGACUGACAACUUGCGAUAGACACGAUAUAAUUCUAUUGCAUUCGUAAAGAAUAGAAGAUACACGAUCUUACGUAAUCGCCAUAGCUCUUUAAUACAAUCGUUACGUGUUGAUUUCUCGGGCAGUGUGUCUCGCCUUUCUCGAAAACCAAGGGUCACAAGUUUUGACUAUCAUUAGAAUUUAAAUUAGAUUAGACUUAAGGAGAGAGUAUCGUGAACUAGAAUGUAAGGGAAAAGCUCGACGCGUUUCCACGUAUAAUUAUCUCACAAAGAGUCGCUGCUGUAUAAACGUGACCCGGCAUAGCGACGUGCGUGCCUAUUUCUUCGCGAUUUGCACUCCGAGGAUUUGUUAAAGGAUGAAAUGUUUCUUCGCAUUUGUUGCUUUCAGCAGGUUGUUGUUGAAGAGUUUAAGUGUGCGAUUCUGUCGAUACUCAAGCAAAAGUGGAGAACGAGCCGCGCGUCAGAUACUGUCUUCUCUCUGCAGGAAACAAGCGAAUCAAAAAAGAAAGAAAGAAAACAAAACAAAACAGAAAGAAACGUCGAUAAGCAUUCGUUCUGUGAAGUUGAGAAUUUCAUCGCCACCGAAUGGAUCCCUUCCAACACACGCUUAUCGUUUCCUUUGUUAUAUAAUGCGCGCGCGCGCGAUCGGGGCCAUCAACGUAUGAGAUCACCGGAUUCACAGUUCCGACACUGUCGAUCGACCCUGUCGAGAGAUUCCCGAUCACUACCAAAACAGAAAAAAAGAAGAAAACGAGGGAGAAGGAAAAAAAAACGGUCGUUAAGAUUCGCACGAAUUAGACACAGCCUUUUGGACCUCAACGCCUAUUCUAUAUCUAUAACUUUUGUACCUCUUCAUACACAUACAUAAAAAACAGAAAGAAAGAAAGAACUCGCAGGUCUAGUCUUUGUGUAUACGCGCAUAUGUAUACGCGCGUGCACAGGCACGUGUACGUAUAUACAUAUAUUACGAGCAAAAUUCUACGAACUAUACUAUGUACUCUCCACGUCUCUUCACAUCACUUAUGGAAGCCAGAUAUAUCUCCCACUUCAUACUUAUAAACUUACGGCAGGUUUUUCUAUCGCCAAUUACUAAUGGGACUAAUAUCGCUCACACUUUCUCGUUAACUUCAUAAGCUUAACCGUAAGGAACGAUACUUAUCUCUCUUAACUUUAAUAUACAUACACAUACGCGGGACGUUCCAUUUUGCUCCGAACAAAUAAGUCGGGGAACUCAUAAACCAAGAAAUAAACAAAUGUAAUAAAUAUUUGUAGGAAAAAGAUACUUCGAGUGUAAAAGCUGUAAGAUUUCGAGGAAGUAACCUGGCUGUAGCUGUUGAAUAGAAGGAAAAGAGAACUUUAGCCAAGUUCCUCCCCCUCACGAGAUUUUGCAAUUUUUGUUCGAAAUCUUUUCUUCCCGCAUCAUCGAAUUGUUUUUUUUCUUUUUUUAAAUAAUUCCACCGUUUGGAUUAAGAUGGUGUAUCCCGCGUGUGCAUGCAUACGUGUGAUAUGUGCGAGUGCGUGCGUGCGUGUAUGUGUGUGUGGUGUACAGGGUGUUUCUCAAUUAAUUGGCCAUUAAUCACAUACUGUUGUUUCUCAUUAAAAGUUGACAUGACAAAAAUUGAGAAUUAUUUUUCUCUUCGUUUAACAAAGUAAUAAUGUACACACAAGCGCACGCGCGUACACACAACAUACACACACAUACACACACACACGCACACACACAUGCGUAUACGUGCAUAUACAUAUACAUAUACAUAUACGUGGUGGCCCGUGAGAGUAGCUACGACAGACGAAAUUAAGUUACAGAGUGCAUGCUUUUUUUGGAGAAGCACACAGUGACGAGUAUUUCUGACGAGAUGGUUGCUAGAAAAAUUACUGUGAGAGCUACUGUGAGAGAAGCGAUAGAUGUGCUAUGACCUGCUACUUAAAUCCGUAUUACGUUUUGGAGAGUCUUUUGUGCCAACACACAGUUAUACUGUUUGUUCUCGAGUUUCAAGUAAUAAUAAUUUUAAUAAUUUUAAUAAUUUGUCAAUGUAAGUGCAAUUUUCGAUCAUCGUACACCUUGUAGUCAAAUUUGCAAGCGUGCUUUCCUCGCGCGUUCCCCUCGAGUAGUAUCUGUCGAGAUAAUUCGUCCAGGAUAAUUUCGCCCGAAUUACUCAGACUUCCGCGAGAUACAGUUAUAAUUUGACGGGCUGUACCUAAUACCGAAGCACUAUACAUAAGCGACGUAUGGUACGCAUUGCGCGUACGCGUAAUUUGUACGCAUAAUAUAUACAUAUAAAGCAAGAUAAAUUAGCAUCUAACACUGUUGUAUAUCAGCACAAAAUUAAACUUUUAUUCUUAAUACCUACGUGCGAUUCGCGUCUGCGCCGCAUACGCGUAGACUCUAUUACGUGUCUCUGCGAUUGAUGUGCACAGAUCGACGCAACAGCUUCAAUGUUUCUGUAAUGACGCAAUAAUAAUCAGGACUUUUGUGUCAGUCGCAUAAUGUUCCCAUAAAGCGCAAAAGUUGCAGCAAUAUUGCUGCAACAUUGCAAUAUUGUUUCAACGCUGUGGCAACGUUUUUUUUUUCAAUUUUGUGCGCUGUAUAGAUUAACACAAAAAAUGACACUCGUGCAAAAAAUGGCACUUGUAAUACGAAUCACGUAUAUACACAAGAAGAAGAAUAACAUUUGUACCUUCGCUACUUCGUCAAAUAAUCAACAGUCAUGAUGCACGCGAAUAUAUUGACACGAUGCGAGUGAUGGGAAAAUCCUGAUUGUUGCUAUGUCAUUGUGGACGCGUUGAGGCUCUUAUACCGAUCUGUGUGUACGUAUGUGUGUGUAUGUGUGUGUGUGUAUGUGUGUAUGUGGGCGGCGUGUACAGGGUGUCGCGGGAAACGGACGCGAAGGUAACGAUAAGUAAAUUAAGUUCGAGAUGUUUGGGUGGUUUUCUGCAUCAAUAAAAGAAGCAUAAUCGCCUGCUCCUUUCCUGAUCGUAUAACGUAGAAUUAUGUCGUGUACGAA